AUGCCUUUCGGUGAAGGGCCAAGAAUCUGUUUAGGUAUGAGAUUUGCAAAGAUGCAAGUGCUUUCUGGCCUGAUCACCGUAUUGAAGAAGUACCGUUUGGAGCUAGCGCCGGGUAUGAAGAGAGAAGUGAAAUUGGAACCUAAAUCGUUUGUCACGCACCCUAUUGGCGGGAUUCAACUCAGGUUUAUUGAAAGAGAAGGGUGGAAAGAUCGAAUGUUUCGGUCUUCUAAGUCUAAGGUCCCAUCCUAA